AUGAUUUCCAACAUGAGAUCUGACUCUCAAAUCAAAAUCUUCACACCAAAAAGCAACUUCUCAAAUUAAAUACAACAUUUUAAGAAUGAUUCAUCUAGAAACCUAGAAUCUGAAAACAAUCAAUAAAUCAUGAUUUCUAAUUGCAUGAGUAAUUCAAUAAACAAUUUAACUCCAACUAAAUAAAACUUCACAAGAACUCUCAGAAAAACCUCCAUCAAUCAACAAACAAGAAUCAGAGAUGACAAUAUGAUAAUUUCAUGUUAUUGUUGUGAAAAUCUAGAUAACUUGAACCUUAUCUAACCAUGUUUGUGUGAUAUUAACUAUCAUGCCUCUUGUUUUAAAUAGAAAUUACUUAACACUCCAGGUUAAUUUAGUCAAGAGAAUUUCACAUGCACGUAAUGUGGAAUAUAGUAUAAGGUUUAACAAUUGGAGAUCUAUAAAUCAAAAACAUUUAUCAAUCUUUUCAAUAUCAUAUUGUUUACAUCUAAAUUAAUAAUUACUCUUGGUGGUUUGGGUGGAUUGUCAUAUUGGUUUUAUAACUACACAUAAAAAUAGUAGGAAAUGUCAUCUUUGAUUGCUGUAAUAGUGUUGCUCAUUUUGUUAUUUCUCCUCUAUUUGGUUUAUUUGAUAGUAGAAGUUUUCAGAGGAGAACCUGAUUUUGAUUGGCAAGUGGUUGAUUACAAAUCAGAAGUAGAGUAGUAACUGAACCCAGAGGACUUGAAUUUAUUGGAGAACAGGUCAAAAUAAUUAUCCAACGAUAGACCAAACACCUUACAUCAAAUAACAAGUGUUUAAUAUCCAUAAAAUAAUUUAAAUGAGAUUAUUAAUUGA